UGCCACAUUACUACUGGAUGCAUUAUCAAAUGAAGCAUUAAAAAUUUUAUCAUCUACUCUAUAAGCUUUAGCUAUUUUUCCAUAGCUUGAUCACCUCUCCACUCAUCAAGAGGAAGAGGGGAAAAAAUCAAGAACUUCUUCGCCCUUGGCCCAAUGGCUAUAAGGAGAUGUAACGUUCCCGGCCCGGCCCGGCCCGGUAAGUAAGAUCAAAUCCCAAUCUAUAACAGCCAUCAUCGGAGCUUAGCGGGAAACUAAAAGUACACGUGUCCGCUUCCUAACCACGAAAUGAAUAGAUUUGGAACGUGGCUGAGAUCGAAGUUAUUCUUGGCCCUCUCUCUCUCCCCUCUUUUGCAAAGGUUUCGAUGAUGGCAGCGCUGGCGACGGCUCUCCGAUCGGUGAUGCAGAGAGUUCACCGGGCGGCGGAGAAAGCUGGCAGGCAAUCGGAGGAGGUGAGGGUCGUCGCCGUCGGCAAGACGAAGCCUGUGUCUCUUGUUCGCCAACUGUAUGAUACCGGUCAUCGAUAUUUUGGGGAGAAUUAUGUUCAGGAGUUCAUCGACAAGGCCCCUCAGCUCCCAGCAGAUAUUCAGUGGCAUUUCAUUGGACACCUGCAAACCAACAAAGUCAAAACCCUUUUAGCUGCUGUUCCCAAUCUCGACAUGGUUGAGAGUGUAGACAGUGAAAAGCUAGCUAAUCAUCUUAAUCGUGCGGUUGCUACCAUGGGGAGGAAAGCUCUUAAAGUUUUAGUCCAAGUAAAUACAAGUGGAGAAGAGUCAAAAUCUGGUGUAGAUCCCUCAAAUUGUGUAGAAUUGGCUAAGCAUGUUAAACUAGGAUGUCCGAACCUUGUUUUCUCUGGUCUGAUGACAAUAGGGAUGAAAGACUACUCAUCAACCCCAGAAAAUUUCAAGGCAUUAUCAAAUUGUAGAACCAAUGUGUGCAAGGCUCUAGGGAUUCCAGAGGAAUCGUGUGAACUAUCAAUGGGCAUGUCUGGAGAUUUCGAGCAAGCAAUUGAAAUGGGGAGCACAAAUGUUAGAAUUGGUUCCACUAUAUUUGGACCACGGAUGUACCCUAUGAGAAAUGAAAACUAAUGACCUACGACUUUGUCAUAGUAUUGCUCAAUAUGGGCUGUAUAUAGUAAUUUGUUUUGGUAAAAUUUUGAUGAGUUUAUAUAUAUAUUAUCUGUGUUGUAACUUGUAAAUAGUGACAACAUGGUAUGUCAAGCACGAACUAAGUUAUUUGACAAUUGCAUGCUCUAUGUUGCGGUGAUCA